CACAGAUCAGAUCAAGAGUAUAGCUCUACUCCGUAACGGACCGCCAAACGAAUUACCAUACUACGAGGCUCAGCGGCUGGCUUCUAUAACGCCUUGUGACGAUGGCCGAUACCACGAAAUAUACUCAGGCGCGCCAGCGCGAUUCCCUCGAUGACGCCCACUACACCCAGGCCCCACCAUCGUAUGAAGACCAGCCCAGCUCAAGCAGGGACGAAGACGCACUGCUCGGUGGCCCAAGGAACAGCGAGGAUAAUGUUCCAGAUGACUUCAAGUUUGGGGGAUCUGUGGCGGAGGCCACAAUCGAUAUUCGAAUGCAGUUCGUACGAAAGGUCUACGCUAUCCUCACUGUGCAAUUGCUAGCAACCGCCGUCCUGAGCUCGAUAUCUUUCUUCCACAGUGGCUACAAGGACUGGAUUCAGAGUAACCAGUGGAUGAUGUGGACUUCUAUGUUUGGUGCAAUCGGGUUCAUGUUACUCACGUAUUGGAAACGGAAGUCCUAUCCGACCAAUCUCCUUUUCCUGGCCGGUUUCACAGGUCUCGAGGCAUACGCCAUCUCCGUGGUCGUGUCCUUCUACCAAUCCCGACUUGUUCUCCAGGCUGUUUUGAUAACCGCGGGGCUCUUCAUUGGCCUGACCCUUUUCGCCUGCCAAACCAAGUAUGAUUUCACCUCGUGGAUGCCAUACCUGUUCGGUACGCUGUGGGCGGUGAUAUUGUUUGGCUUCAUGGCAGCAUUCUUUCCACAUAACAGCACAGUUGAGUUGGCAUACUCGGGAAUCGCUGCGCUGCUUUUCUCGGCGUAUAUCCUUGUCGAUACGCAGCUGAUUAUGCGUCAUUAUCACGUGGAGGAGGAGAUUGCAGCAAGCAUUUCCCUAUACCUCGAUAUUCUCAACUUGUUCCUCGCCAUUCUUAGGAUCCUCAACAACCAGCAGAAUAAUUAAGGGCGGCACCGAUUCAAUAUCCUGGGUUACAAGUAACCCUCUCCGCUCCAAGAUAUGGGGAAGUGAAUAGCGUUUAAUAGUGAAGAUUACAGGGACAGGGUUUGGCGUCGACUACUGGGGAUCAGUAGAUGUUUUUUGGGAACUAUCUUAUGUUGUCAAAACGUAUCCGUAACUUUUACUUUAGCACGCGUUGUCGUAUCUGUAUUCUAGGGCCUCUGAAGAAUACAUGCCAGUACC